CCACCACCCCUGCAUCUCCACCUCGCAUCCCACAUUCCACACGCGCCGCACGGUACGAUCUCGAAUCGCGGAUGUAACAGGAAAAGGGUUCCUCGGCCAGUCAGGCUGUCGUGCAGGUCUGGAACGCCGCCACAGGGCUGCGGGUGUGUUUCUGCGCUGAUCCUGUAAUCCCCGAUUCGGGGCGUCCCUUGCAGAUUGUCUUGGUGGAUAGGGUGAGACGGCUGGGAUAAAAGUUUUGACCUGGGUAGGAUGGAGGACGGAGGUGGCGAUUGGGGUAUAAAUAUGGGUUGCUUCGCUGGAGAAGAAGAGAAGAGAGAAAGCAGACACUCACUCGUUUUCUACGUUAUCAAUUACAUUCGUUCUCUGAAUCCAAACAACAACACUCGUUCGUUCUAUCCAAGCAGAUCAAAGAAUCCAUCAAGAAAAAUGAAGUUCAACCUCCUCCCCCUCUCCCUCCUAGCCACCCUGGCCGCCUCCCACCCCUCCACCACAAACAGCACGGCGGCCAUCACCCACCCCGGCACCGACACCAACACCACCUCGACCGCCUCCCCCGCCGCAAACCCCGGCCACGCGAUCGUGCAAAACAACUGCGCGGAGCCCAUCUACCUCUGGUCCGUCGGCAGUGGCGUCAGCGUGGAGAUUCCCAUCCCGGGCGGCGCACACUACAGCGAGACAUUCCGGCACGACCAGAAGACCGGAGGGGUCAGUCUGAAGGUGACGAGGGUGGCGCACGGGCUGUACAGCAGUGCGCCGCAGACGGUGUUUGCGUACAACGUGGUGGGCGACUCGGUGUGGUAUGAUCUGUCGGAUGUAUUUGGGGAUCCAUUCAGGGGGUCCUCGGUUACGCUGUUGCCCAGUGAGCCGGUUAUUCGGUGGAGUGAUGGGGUGCCGCCCGUUGGGAGUAUGGUGAGGGUUGUGGCGGCUGACCAGGAUUUGAGGUUGACAUUCUGUUAGUGUGGAUAAUGGAUUUGGAUUGGGAUCUUUGUUGUGGCGAGUGUUUGGGGAGUAGGAAUGUGGAGACUGAUUGAUGUUGAUGUUGAUGUUGAUGAUAUGAUGAAUAAGGUAGAAUGAAUAACCUCGGACUUCUGGCCGACCUUCCUGAUGGGGAAUCCCCGCACUUUGUCC